UUUGCUUGCACUUUCUCUUAAUUGAAUAUCUCAGUCAGGUGUACUUUUAUACUAUAAUCUAGUUUGAUCAGUGUUAGGUAUAAUAUUAUCCUUAGAAUAUUGUUCAGUAUUUGUCUUUGCUUGCUACUGGUUGAUUUCUGAUUACAAAAAAGGAAGAAUAAUGAGAAAACCAAUUUAAUUGAAAGUAAUUUUUGAACUGAAAAUUCUUUCUUCUAUGACAUAUGUCUUCCAAUCUUAAGAGAACCUUCGAGUCUGUGUCUAAUGUAUAUAAGUGAGAUUAAAAGGCAUUUGGCCAGACCCAGAUUGUAAGGAUGGACAUUAAUGGAACCUUUCUUGAUGUCGUUCCUGAUUUUGAUGGAGUGAGGAUGAGUAGAACACUUUACAUGCUAAGUGUGUGGAUGCCGUCUUUAGUUUCUUUGAAGAGGCCCUUUGGUGCAAGAUUUCCAAAGAUAUGUUAUGAUUCAGGCAAAGCUUUAUUGAUAAAUAUGGAGGAGAGAGGAUUCCUUGCCAACUAAAUAUCUUUGACUUGUUUGAUUGAAUGUUUCAUUUACAUAAGGUCCUGGGGCUCUUUGAUACUCCCUUUCUUCCACGGCCCUGUGUCCAACACAGUUAUUUUCUCCUUUUUUGUUGAGUUUUUCUGUGGUUAAGAUUCUUGUGGAUUGAUCUUUAUGGCUGCCUGUGAUCUUUGGUACACUUUCUGAAAAACUUGAGCCUCAGACUUAUACUUCCAGCAUUAGGAGAUCCUGGGCUUGAAGCUUUCAAUCUUUAGCCGAGGUCAGGGGCCCCAGAUCCACCGACUCAGAUGAAGAGCUAGCAACAACUACCUGUCAGUUGGUUUGAUCCUAUCCACAGCCAAAGCCCAUCCUGAUCGGAAACAAGCUCUCUCAGAUCUUGUUGGAGGCAACCAUGAAGACACCCAAGUCUGAUUUCGAAGCAGGAGGCUCCUCAGAAGAAGAAUCAGAAAUCAGUAGUCAAGUUGCUUCCAACGUAUCAAACCUGGAAAACUCCCCAGAUCCCUCCAAGGAUAUCACCAAAAACUCUUCCUGCCUAACAAAUAUCACAAAGAUUCAACCAAGUCCUAGGCCUGUCUCGCUUGAUUUAACUCUUAGCUUCAAUAUCAGUGACGAUGAUUUGGGAGGCAUGAAGGAGUCAGUAGGGAUUUCAAUAUCAAGCACAAGUGAUAGUAGUAGUGAAGCUGGUGCACAUCCUCCGGCAGUUGCUGUAGCAAGAGUUUUCUCUUGCAAUUAUUGUCAGCGCAAGUUCUUCAGCUCACAGGCUCUAGGUGGCCACCAGAAUGCACAUAAAAGGGAGAGGACACUUGCAAAGAGAGCCAUGCGGAUGGGAAUCUUCUCUGAGAAGUAUGCCAGCCUGGCUGCUUUGCCCCUACAUGGGUCAACAUGCCGGUCCCUCGGGAUCAAAGCUCACUCUUCAGUGCACAACAACAUUGCACCCCCAGAGAGACCCCCUGAGAUGAGAGGUGGUGCAAGGUUUGAGCAAGGAUACCUUGGCCUGCCAAUGUUUGUGGAGGACGAUGAUGCCGAGUUGUUUUGGCCUGGAAGUUUUCGACAGGUGUCUGAGGUAGCUGCUGUUCAUCCCGGUUUUGAAAUGGGGGGAAAUUCUACUUUAAAUUUUGGAGCAAUGGCUCCAGCACCAGAAACGGAUUCAUCAAAACCAGAUCUUACACUGAGACUUUGAGAGCUUCCUCCAUUUCUUUACUUUAGUCUUGCUUCCUUCUUUUUGCAGUGAUACUCUUUGUACAGUGGGAUAUACAUGACCCAUGGCUGAGAGCUUUUGUUCCCUCUGGUUAGCAAUGUUGUAGUAUGGAUAUAUUAUUGCUGCAUGACAGCUUGAAAAGGAUUUUCAUUCCCA